GAUGAAGAAGGCCAACGAGGAGGAGCUGGCGCGGCUGGACCACGAGCUGGAGGACGCCGAGAAGAUCCUGGGCGAGAGCGAGAUCCGUGACGCCAUGAUGGCCAAGGCCGAGUACCUAUGCCGCAUCGGGGACAAGGAAGGAGCUCUGACGGCCUUUCGUAAGACGUACGACAAAACCGUGGCGCUGGGGCAUCGCCUGGAUAUCGUCUUCUACCUCCUGAGAAUCGGCUUGUUCUACAUGGACAACGACCUUAUCACGCGCAACAUCGAGAAGGCCAAGAGCCUCAUUGAGGAAGGAGGAGACUGGGACAGGAGAAAUCGCCUAAAAGUCUACCAGGGCCUUUAUUGCGUAGCUAUUCGGGACUUCAAGCAAGCAGCAGAACUCUUCCUUGAUACAGUAUCAACGUUUACAUCCUAUGAGCUGAUGGACUACAAAACAUUCGUAACGUACACUGUCUACGUCAGCAUGAUCGCGUUAGACAGGCCUGACCUUAGAGAGAAGGUCAUUAAAGGGGCAGAGAUUCUGGAAGUGUUACAUAGUUUACCAGCAGUACGACAGUACCUCUUCUCCCUCUAUGAAUGUCGUUACUCGGUCUUCUUCCAGUCACUAGCUGUCGUAGAGCAGGAGAUGAAAAAGGAUUGGCUGUUUGCACCUCACUAUCGGUAUUACGUUCGAGAAAUGAGAAUCCAUGCCUACAGCCAGCUCCUGGAGUCUUACCGAUCGCUGACACUAGGGUACAUGGCAGAAGCCUUCGGAGUCAGCGUAGAAUUCAUAGAUCAGGAGCUGUCAAGAUUUAUUGCUGCUGGGCGACUACACUGCAAAAUAGACAAAGUAAACGAGAUAGUAGAAACUAACAGGCCCGAUAGCAAGAACUGGCAAUACCAAGAAACCAUCAAGAAAGGAGAUUUGCUGCUAAACAGAGUUCAGAAACUUUCCAGAGUAAUUAAUAUGUAACUUUUUUUUAACAAGGGAAUGCAAAACUUAGAAGUUCAAGGCCAUUUUGGAAGCAAUCGAUGAAUAUAUUGUAUACUUGGUGUAUACUGUAGCCAAGAAAGUUACAAGCGACGCAUAGGUAGGGUUUUUACGGUGUUCUUCAUUAUGUACACAACUGAACUGUAUAAAUGUCCCAUUCAUGUUUGUGGACCAGUUCAUUUAUUAAAUGUAUAAUACAGUUGA